GAAGCGCACGAAAGUCAAGCGGCCGCACGACACUGCCGCCGCAGCGAAUCAUGCCGGUGCGAAAGGUAAUAGUACGAGCAAGGGCGGAGCUGCGAGCAAGGGCGCAGCAGCAUCUUCUUCCUUGGUUAAACAACAACUAAACAUCACACCAUCCCUACCUACAGGCGGUUCCCUGCACUUGACCUCCCGGCAGCAGGACGGGGUGAUUGCCAAAGCCUUCAAAGCACGGCGGCAGAAAGACACCGAGAUCGAAAAUCUUCUGACCCCAGUGAGCAAAACCCAGCUGGAAGCGGAGCAGUUCAAAGCCGACUACCAGUUGAUCCAAACAAAAAGCGAUAAAAUCACUUCCGAGAAGAAAAAGUUGGCAUCCGAGAAUUUACACUUACAACUCCGUCCGAAGGUAGAAGCCCUUGACCAAAAAGUGGCACAGAAACAGGCGGAAAUUCUCUCUUCGCGGAACGAUAUGACGAGCACGCAGGAAAAGAUCCGGGCGUUGCAAAUGGAAGUGACGAGAUUUCAGAGGCGAGAACUGAAGAGGGAAGAGGAGUUGCAGAAGCACAAGAAAAAAGCGAAUCAAGAAGUGAUUGAAAAAGAAGAGCAGAUCACUUUGCUUCAAGCGGAGUUACAGAACACGAACGAUAAGUGGAGAAAGGAGCUUUCCCUCCAGGCGAAGCAGAUGGAGGAUAAGGAGGACUUGAUGCAACUCUACCACCGCAAACAGGAGGAGCAGAUUCGGCAGGACCGGAAGAAGAAAAGAGAGAUAUCCGAACUGCAGGCACAGAAAAGCAAUAUGGGAAAAGAAGUGGACGCAGCGAAGGCGGUAAACGAAAGGCUUCGGGCGCAUUUGGAAUCGGUGGAAAAGGAGUUGGCGAAAGUGAAGGAGCAAGUAGCGACAACUGCCGGCGCUAGCAGGGGUGCUGGAGCUGGGAAGUUGCCGAUUACAAGGGACAACAAGAAAAGCGCGAUAGCUGGUCCUGGUUCAUCUCUGCUGGAUGAUGCCGAGGUGGAAAAAGAGUUGAAUCCGCUGAAGGAGACGAAAAGGAAGCUGAAAAGGAGACCUGCAAAGUUGACAGAGGCACCUACGCAGAGACGGCUUCUACAGCAAAACUCCGAAACUUUGCAAAAAACAAGGCUGACGCAUUACAGGCGCAACAUGGGUCAAAUGUGCACGCUCCCGUAUGAUGCCAUAGGCCCCAAUUGUUAUAUGGAAAUACUGCGCCAAGUGUUUGCGGAGAAGGGCGUGAAAUUGGAAAAAGAUCUGCAACAGAAGGAGAAAGAGAGCCUGCAGUUUUUGAAAUUGCGACCGGAGAACAACGCGAAACUCGCGCUGCUGCAACACUGUUGCAACAGCGUGCUGCUGUUACAGCAGCACGCUAGUAGUACCGCUGCAGCGAAUCAUGCCACGGGUAGUACGACCAAGGGCGGAGCUGCGAGCAAAGGCGCAGCAGCAUCUUCUUCCUCCUCCUCGUCUACCGCUGCCAGAAGGAGCGCCCAGGGCGGAACCGCAGGAGGCAAAACGACCGCAGGUCACCAUCUUCAACAGGCCGCUUCGCAACAGAAGGGUUCUACUACUGGCGCAGACGGAGAGCCGGUUCCGCAGGGCGGCCCUGCGGAUAUUAGCAUCCAAAAGGACAGGAAGAUCAUGGCAUUAGAGAAACAACUGAAGGAGGCGCAGGACCAACUGAAAAUCUUGCAAGACCGUGACCGCAAGGCGGACAAGGUGCAAAACCAACUGGCCGCAGGCGAGGCGUCGCCGCAAGUAGAGCAAAGGAACGCACAUAAGAAGCCGCUGCAGCAACCGCUUGGGGAAUUGCAGGAGGAAGCGGACAGGAGGAUGUUGAACACCAGUAAUCUUAGUUGGCCGAGUGGUGCUCCUGUUUCUAUCUCGAGCGAAAACGUCCCUACCCCAGAGUCGAGAUGGAAAAUCUCCUAAAUAAUUCAACCAGCUGUGGCAGUUACGCAUGACAAGUUUGACCUCGUAGUAACGCCGGCCAGCUUCACUAGUUCAGCAGCGUCACAGACAUAUUUCAUUUAUUCUACAUGUUUGUAGCAACAGCACCAAUUCCAAAACACGACUAGAGAAAGCUGCUCAUGGGGUUCCACCGCAUGAGAAACGUUUUAGGAACGCAGAUUUGCAUGACAAAACUAUGGGGUGUGGGCCCCGUUUUUCUCCAGGAUAGCUUCAAGUUCCUCAUCUUCGGCUGUUCAACAAGAAUUUCCAGGUGGUUCUAACUAUCAAGUGCAAAUAUGUCUCUGUCUGCAAAUUUGUGAUGCUAAAAUGUGCACGAUGAAAGCGCCUCCUUUGACGCAGGAAAGCAUGACAAAUUUGCGGAACGCUUUCUCCAUUCUCAUACACACUCCGGUUUUGAUAUCGGACAUGCAAUAUUACAGCUUUCACAUGAAUGUAAGACCAGCAUUACAAGUUCCAAUCUUCCAGACCCAGGCAUAUUUGCAAUGCAUACUAACGCUGGGCAACAAGCGGCUGCAUCUCUUUCCGCUGGAAAUGGGAAAGGCGGGCCGGAAGGGCGGCGGGACGAGCCAACGCUGGCAGUUUUCAACCAAGAAUAUUCACCCCACAAAAAUCCUGCCAAACAUGAACCCGCUCCGGGGGACCAUCA